GGUUGUGGAAGAGUGUGCUUAGCCUUCGAUGUGGCCUGGCCGCUCAGUUUCAAAAUGGCGGACAAAAUGGCGGCGUUUGUCCCACGAGCUGUACGAAGAAAAGACGGUAAAAACAACAUUAAAAACUCUCUGAAACGAAAACCAACAUCUCAAGAAAAACAAGAAAAAAGUAAAGUACAUAUUGUUGACCUAAGGGAAAAAUGUAACUCUGCUGCGAGCAUUCCUAUUCCUGAUAAAGUUUCAAAAGAAAAUGCGAAUUUAGAAGACGACGAUGAAGAAGAAGUGGAAGAAGAAAUUGUAUCUUACAGUAAAAACCAAAGAUGGCCAGACCAGGAUGAACCUGUUUGUGUUGUGUGUGGACGAUACGGAGCCUACAUUUGUGAUGAAACAGAAAAAGACGUUUGUAGUUUGGAGUGCAAAGCAAAGCAUUUAAAAACAUUGGGAAUAUCUGUGAAAACAUUAAUAUCUUCUCCUAAACAAUUCCAARAUGAAACUACAAAUAUAUGUUCUCUGUCUACGUCGUCGAAUUCGGAAUUAAAUUAUAACGAAAGUGAUGUUGGAACAGAAAAUUUGUCUUUCCAAAAUUACAAAUUUAAAGAACAUCCUACGAUAUCUAGUUUGAGUGAGACUAAAGUUCAACACUUGUUAAAGAGUUUAGAAAUUCAAACGAAGGGAAAUAACGUGACUAAGCCAAUUCUAGAGUUUUUCCAUUGUCAGUUUGAUAAACUGCUGUCUGAGAACAUUACUAAGUGUGGUUAUUUUUCUCCAACUCCAAUACAAAUGCAGUUGAUCCCUGUGGCAUUGAGCGGUAGAGAUAUCAUUGCAUGUGCGCAGACAGGAUCUGGUAAAACUGCUGCUUUCUUGUUACCUAUGAUAGCCAGGAUUCAUAGUAUUACAGAUAAGUUAUUACCAAAGAGUGCAUUAUUGCGAACACCACUUGGCUUAGUCCUAGCACCGACACGUGAGUUAUGUAUGCAGAUAGAAGACCAGGCUAAGGAAUUCAUGCAAGGCUUGUCUAACAUGAGAACAGCGUUGCUUGUCGGCGGGAUGCCUUUACCUCCACAAAUUCAUCGUAUUCAGAUGGGAGUACAAAUCAUUGUAGCUACGCCAGGAAGGUUGCUGGAGAUUCUGUCAAAGGUUAAUUUAGACUUGACUAAUGUGAAAUGCUUAGUGGUGGAUGAAGUGGACAGCAUGUUUCAACUGGGUUUUGAACAACAGGUUCAACAAAUCUUGGAGAAUUUAAAUGAAGCAAAACAGACAAUGAUGACAUCAGCUACAAUCCCUCCCAAUGUCGAAACUAUGGCCAGUAAACUGCUACGAGACCCUGCGUUCAUAUCUGUGGGUAACCCCAACGCACCCACACAGGCAGUCAAACAGUUGGUCCUCUGGGUGGAAGAGAAAUCUAAGAAAAAACACUUAUUUUCUAUUCUGAAUGAUUCAAAGCACUUCAAGCCUCCUGUGGUAGUGUUUGUUGAUUCUAAGAUAGGAGCAGAUAUGUUGGCUGAGGCAAUACAAAAGAUGUGUAAAAUUCCUUGCGUAGCCAUGCACGGGGACAAAAAACAAGAAGAAAGGACCCAGAUAUUACAGUCUUUUAUCAGUGGAGAGUAUCCAGUUAUUGUCUGUACUGGAGUGCUUGGAAGAGGUGUGGAUCUCUUGAACGUCAAACAGGUCAUCAACUUCGACAUGCCUGCUUCAAUCGAAGAAUACAUCCAUCAAGUUGGUAGAGCAGGAAGACUAGGAACCAGUGGCUGGGCAGUAACGUUCAUCAAUAACCAAAACAAACACUUAUUCUUGGACUUAAUUGAGACUCUUAGUCCUUUGGGGGUCUCUUUACCCAGUGAACUGACCAAUUCGUUUUAUGCAAAGCAACAAAAGGAGAGAAAGAAGCAAAAGGCGAAAGAUGAGAAAGAUGAAAUAGUUCAUCAGGGAAAUUUGAUCGACUUGUUGAAGAAAAGUACGGAAAGAAGGAAAAAAAGAUAACUAAUUAAAAAAAAAAACAACAGGAAACGAACGAACGAACGAACGAAUGAAUGAAUGAAUGAAAAGUACAAACACAAAAGUACAAACACAAAAGUACAAACACAAAAGCAAGCAAUAAGAUGCCGUCGGUAACAGCAUAUUGUACUAAGGACUCAAAGAAUGCGAAAUUCUACUGAUUUGAGAUAUAUUCCUUAAUAAAAAUAAAGAAAUCGAGAAAAAGAAGAACAUUACUGUUUGCUGUGCAAGGAAAAAGUCGCUUUCCCGGCGUCAAAUCACUUCUCUUGAAGAAACCUCAAUAUCCUAAAGAUCUCUCUCUCUCUCUCUCUCUCUC